GUCUCGAUUACUUUACUCAUCUAGGAAUCGACUUAUAUUGUUUUAUCAUGGCUUCAUUAAAGAUGUUGACUAUGUUAUUAGUGGUUUUUGUAGCUACAACUUUGGCUCAGAGAGAAGGAGGGUUCGGCAGUAACCAAGGAGGCCGCGGUCAAAGCGGAUUUGGAGGUAGCCAAGGAGGUCGUAGUCAGAGCGGAUUUGGGAGCCAAGGAAGUUUAGGCGGCGGUCAAGGGGGAAGCCUUGGUGGGCUUGGUGGCCAGGGGAACCGCGGUGGCCUAGGAGGCCGAAACCAGGGCGGCCUUGGUGGGAGCCAAGGAGGGUUCGGUGGGAGCCAGGGAGGUUUUGGUGGAAACCAGGGCAGCCACGGUAGGAGCCAGGGUGGCAUCGGAAGACGUUGAUGUAACAAGUUUGACCCCGGAAUCGUAACACAUACUUCGAAUUUGUGACCUAAAUUUUUA